AUGGUACACACGGAAGGCAGCGCCCUGCUGAAAGCCGUCUGGCAAGGCAAAUUCCGGCUGACCCGCCUCUUGCUGGAAGGCGGGGCUUACAUCAACGAGGGCAACGCCCAGGGGGAGACCCCGCUCAUUGCCGCCUGCGUGGCCCCCUACGAGGACCCCCAGAACAAACCCCGCAUGGUAAGGUACCUGCUGGAGAACGGCGCCGACCCCAACAUUCCUGACAAGACGGGCAAGUCCGCCUUGAUGCACGCCUGCGCGGAAGGUGCUGGGGCCGAGGUGGCCACCGUCCUCCUCAACCACGGGGCCGACCCCAGCGCCAAAGAUUAUUCUGGCGCUUCGGCCUUGGUGUACGCCAUCAACAAAGGAGACCGGGCGACCUUGCAGGUGCUCCUGGACGCCUGCAAAGCCAAGGGCAAGGAGGUUAUCAUCAUCACCACUGACACCUCCCCUUCGGGGACCAAGAAGACCAAGCAGUACCUCAACUCCCCGCCUUCUCCUGGCGUGGAGGACAAGCAGCCGCCCGCCCUGUGCAUGUCUCCUUCGGACAUCGAGGUCCUCACGUCCCAGUCUCCCGGGAACAGCGAGAAGGAAGAGGAGCGGGAUGUUUUCAACUUCAGCUUGGCCACCAGGCUCAGCUGCUCGCCCCACGCCAAGGGGAAGGAGAUGGAGGAGAAGGGACCCUCGGGGCUGCUCCCCAAAAGCCAUCCCAAGCAGCUGAAGAGACUGAAUUCCGAGCCGUGGGGUUUGGUGGCCCCCUCGGUCUUGGCCACCUCCUAUCAGGACAAAGCCCGGAGCCCAGAAGAUCGAGUACGGAUUGAGAUGAACGGGUUGAGUAUCUCCAAAAGGCCUCCGCUGUCUCGGCGACACAGCGUGGAAGGCCAAGAGUCUUCCUGUUUCAAGAUGGGGACUCAACAAGAUGAGGUCUCGGGCUUAGAUUCCUCCUGGGCAGAGAAGGUCCAGUUGGGCCACCUCCACCAGACUCUCUCUCGACACAACACAGCCCCGGAAGCUCAAGAGGGUCUCCAACCUCCUAGUUCCAGAAGCAUGGCGCAUCACAAGUUGACCUGCUCGGAACAUUUUGAGUCCGAUUCCCUCUGUCCCGAAUCCAUUCCGGGUUCUCCAGAGUCUGGCCGGGUUUCGCUGGAGAGGAGGAGGUACAACGCCUCCCCGUUGACCUUGCCCAACAGCUCCUCCCGGGAGAGUCUCGAGAGCAUCCCCAACGCCAUCUCCCCGAUUACCAUCCGGCGUAGAGCCCCAGGUCUCCUGGAACGACGGGGCUCCGGGACAUUGCUCCUGGAUCACAUUGCCCAUACCCGCCCGGGCUUCCUGCCCCCUCUGCACUUCAACCCUCACCCUCCCCUCCGCGACAUUCGACCCAAUGGGAAGCCCCCUUCUCCUGCCCACAAGGGGCUGAUCCCCAUGGCUCCCUCCUCCCCAAAGACCAAGCGGCUCCUCCGGAGGCAUUCUAUGCAGACGGAGCAGAUGAAACAGCUGGUCAGUUUCCAGAGCCUGAUUGCACAAGGGGAUUCGGUGGCCACCUAA